UGGUGGUACUACUGUUCCAUGUGGUCCUACUGGUGGUAUUCCUGUUCCUUGUGAUCCUCCUGGUGGUACUACUGUUCCAUGUGGUCCUACUGGUGGUAUUCCUGUUCCGUGUGAUCCUCCUGGUGGUACUACUGUUCCAUGUGGUCCUACUGGUGGUAUUCCUGUUCCGUGUGAUCCUCCUGGUGGUAUUACUGUUCCAUGUGGUCCUACUGGUGGUAUUCCUGUUCCGUGUGAUCCUCCUGGUGGUACUACUGUUCCGUGUGGUCCUACUGGUGGUAUUCCUGUUCCUUGUGAUCCUCCUGGUGGUAUUAAUGUUCCAUGUGGUCCUACUGGUGGUAUUCCUGUUCCGUGUGAUCCUCCUGGUGGUAUUCCUGUUCCGUGUGAUCCUCCUGGUGGUACUACUGUUCCAUGUGGUCCUACUGGUGGUAUUCCUGUUCCUUGUGAUCCUCCUGGUGGUACUACUGUUCCGUGUGGUCCUACUGGUGGUAUUCCUGUUCCUUGUGAUCCUCCUGGUGGUAUUCCUGUUCCAUGUGGCCCUCCUGGUACUGGUCCUGGUCCUGGUGUGACCUUGUUGAAUUUUCCACUCGUUUAG